AUGACGCAUUACACUGGAAAUCAUUCUCUCAACCCUAUCCUUUCUCUCUUUUCCUUCUCCUCCCCCCUUUUUUUCCCUGCUUCGCAGUCCUCCGACGUGCACUCCAAACCUGCUGAUCCCAGCCAAGAAGGCGUUGACCUCGUUAUCUCCGUGACUCAAGGCCACCAGAAAGAAAACCCCGACAAGACCAUCAACCUCUCGGGAAAGACGCAGCAAUUGAGCCUAGAGGCACUUUACAUCAAACAUGCGAAGCAC